UCCAAGUUUUGAAUACCUUUCAAAUUUUGGUAAACCCCCUUUAUCAAAAUCCAAUAAAAACCCUUUAAAAUGUCUGAGAACAUCCCAGAAAAACCACUCGAGAAAACCAAAAUUUUUACUGAAAGAAUCCCUAUUUUGGGAGAAGUAAGCUUGAUGUUUUAUGUACCGUACUGCUUCCCACAUCGACAAGAAUUAAUCAAACUAAUUUACCAAAAUGGAGGAGCUGUAGUCCCUUAUGCUUCAUGUGGGUCAUUCCAAAUAGCACCAGAGAGCAUCUUAGACUUUCGUGAGGAUCCCCAACUCGAACAACACUACUUCAAUGGGAGGGUUUACUCACACAGGCUCCUAAUAGACUCGAUAAAUUCAGGGAAAUUCCCUCUGCAGACAGAAGAAGAUUCUAGGAACCCAAAUGAUUACGUAGUGGCCAUGCUGAAAGGCGCACGACAAGUAUAUAAAAUUGAUGAAAGAAGAAGGUACACCAUCACUGAAAUCGUCAAAAUGGGCAAAAUAAUGGAGUUCGAAAGGCCUUUUGGCAAGAAAAUAUGGACCUAUAGUGAGGUGAUCAAUGCUAUCCCUGAGAGACCUGUUGAAGGAAUGAGAUCAACCUUCAAGAAAUACACCAAGCUCAUCUUCAAAAAUGCAGGGUAUUAUGAGAAACUUAGCAAACGACAGAGGCUUGACAGCUUUGACUAUAAAAUGUGGACCAAAAGAGCCAUCGAAGAUCUUCUCAAGUUCCGAGCUAAGUAUUGAGAUUUCUGGUUUGAAGCUAUUCGUCCCUUUGAUAACUCUUGCCCAUGUACUAAUCUAGACAGUAUCCUCAAAGAUGACCAAAUGCAGAACUUUAUGAACCUAAAUCCACUAAAAUUGGACAUAAAAAUGGAAAAGAUGGGUAUAAAGAAUGAAGAUAAUUACUCUGCCAGGACAAUGCCAGCAGAUUACCCUUAUUUAGACCUCAAAGAAGGCAGAAGAGUAAGUUGGCCCAAGCUUGAUGAAACAUUAAAAGGCAUUUCUAACAAAGGAACAGGGACCGAUUGGGAUACCGACUCUAUCUCCCUUGGUAUCAAAUCAGAAGUAGGGACUCUUUACUCAGCCUCAACUAAAAAACAGACUGAAAAAGAGAUCUUUGAUAAUUGUUCAGAAGGUGUGCUACUAAGCCAAGACUCUUUAGAUAUUUUCUCAUCUUCUUCUCAACACAACCAAGGCUCUGCUGAUCCUUUGAUUUCCGAUUCCACGUUUAACUAUGAUUCUUUCGACUAUGACUCUCAACUUCCAGUAUGUGAUCUGCCAGAUUCUCCAAAGAAGAGUCCUAAGAGAAGACGGAAGAGGACCAGGAAGCCCUUAUUCGACCCUAAAAACGCUAAAUCCGGCUUAAAAGACGAGUAUUAUGAUAUCCUUGAGUUCAUGAGUGCUGAUGAGACCCCUAGGUCUUCAAAGGGAAGCCAGGAAUCACGGAUUAGCAUUUUCUCGUAA